UAUUGUAACACUUAACCGUGAUACGAAUGCUCGUAUCAUUAAAUGAAUCAUGUGUGACAGUGUCUGAUAAUAGUCUAGGAAGGAAGACCCGUCUAUUGUGUGUGCUGCUGUUAUAUAAUGACGUUAUGCGAGGCGAUCCUGUCCCAUUGUCUUCACUAGCUGUAUGCAUGUCAUGAUGGACCGACAGGGACGUGUAGACUUCAUCACAUGCGCCAUAUUGAUGGUCAUGGCUUCCGUAAAAGCUACGAAGACUAGCCAGUCGUGCUUUACUCCACAGCCUACUCAAAAUUGCUCCUAUCAUCAUCUCACAUGUGGAGACGGUGAAAAAGUUAGAAUUGAUUUUAACAGAACCGUUUUUGUUAAAAAGGCUGAUCGAUUAGAGUGCUCGGAUGCAGCGAAUACCUGUGACUCCCCGACUUACCCAAACUGUUGUGUAUUAACAAGAGGAGAUCACGACCUUCGUGACUUCAACACCACAGUUCGUGAGAAAAUCAAAACUGCUUGUUUGGAUAAGACACACUGCGUGUUUCCUGCUCCACGAAUGCAAAACUUGAUUUUGUCUGUGGUUAGGUACGACUGUAUUCGAGAUGACCUUGCAACUACGGGAUUUAAAGUUGGCGUUGGCCUCGCUGUCACAGUUGUCAUCAUCGCUGGAAUUUGUGUUACCCUGUGCUAUUUGAAAAGACAAAGGAAACAGUCACCACAGCAAAGUAGAAGAAGGUUGGACAGUGCCCUUGCACCACUCUACCAUGAGGUGAUAGACGCUCGGUCAUUCACGGAGCGGACAGGCAGUUAUGAAUAUGCCACAGUGGAGGAGAUACAAGGAAGAGGACAGGACCCAAAACCAGUUAUGGAAGGAUAUGAUCACUUAGGGGUCGUGGCCCGCGGUGUGGGGGAACAUUAUGACACUGCGAUAUCUGCUAUGCAACAAGUUAGUCAGCUGUCGGAAGCCGAUAGCCACAGAGAAGGAAGACUCAUCUACAAUCAUCUGAGUCUCAAGCCUCAGAAGACAAAGGUCAACCACAACCAUUAUGAUGUUGCUAUGCAACAUACACAUCAAUGACGAUCCUCCGAUACACAAUGAAUCCCGUUUAUCCGGACGCAAUGUUCAGGAUGCAUAUGACAUGUUUCUGAAUGCAUAUAUUAUAUGUCAUUACAACGUUUCGUUUUACCUCGUUUAUAUGAACACUUUAUUCGGAACCACACCGAGUGACAGAGAUCCGCUGAAUAAGAAGCAACGGUGACAUGGAAACCUUCAGAGUCCUUGUAUGAUCAAAGUGUACCCUUGUUCUUUACUGUUUAAAACAUUCAAACUCUAACCAAAAAAGAAAUAACUAUAGAUUCCUCCGUAUGCAAUAUGGCAAUGUGUUUCCUGUUUGAUUGAAAGAAGUGAUACAGUGUCUCAAGUGGUGAUGUGACAAUUCGUCGUUGUCUUCUUCUGUCAACGUUUGUCAUCAGUGUUGUCAUCAGAGUGUGACAAAACAAUUCCACUUCACAAAGUUGCUAAAAUAAUGUGCAAUAAGUAGCGUUUCCUCUGUUGGCGUACUAUUGCUGAAAGCGGCGUAAAACCAUGCUCGUUCACUCUAUUGGCGGACAUAUCGUGAAUAGUGUUAUCAGGCACAUAUCUAUAGGUUUCGGACCCCUAACCUUGCAAUUAACCGUGGAUGCUUGCUGUCAGUUGUUAACUACGGCACCGAAACAUAUCUAUUACUUAAUGAGCAAGCCUACAUAAUUGGUUCAACAAUUCUUUAGGGAGGUCAUCAUCUCACAGGCAUGGUGAUUUUGGAAUUGAAUAGAAACAAUAAACAUCAAGUUUGUAUAUAAAAUAGUCUUUUUCUGUAUCCUCGCGUAAUGUACAUACAAAAAAGACGAUAAGAAACCCACGACCGAUUGAAUACAGGUCACCUGAUAGCAAACAUAGGCCUACAUUUUAACCACACCGGGCAGAACAUGUUGACAAAGUAUACUCUUGUAGUAAUUUCAUAAAUUCCAGUCGCCACAAAAGUUACAGGUAAGUGGUUGAGGAAAAUGUAUCCUUGAUGAAUAAAUCACUACACUUAUAGAUGAAUACAUCGCUAUACGUAUAGACAUAGCCACAUGACCUUGUCCGUCAUAGUUGUGUCACAAGGCGAUUGUCAGUAAA